AUGCCUACAUCAUCUGCCGCUGCAGCCAGUCCAGGCAAUUCACACAACGUUGUCGGUGUUCAUUACAAGGUGGGAAAGAAAAUUGGAGAAGGAAGUUUUGGCAUUAUCUAUGAAGGCAUCAAUUUGCUCAAUAAUCAACCCGUAGCCAUCAAGUUUGAGCCUAGAAAGAGUGACGCACCUCAAUUACGAGACGAAUAUCGAACUUACAAAAUUAUGGCUGGAUCCAUUGGUAUACCUACAGCUUAUUAUUUCGGUCAGGAAGGGCUUCAUAAUAUCUUGGUGAUUGACCUUUUGGGUCCUUCACUGGAAGACAUGUUUGAUACCUGUGGUAGACAUUUCAGCGUCAAGACCACGGCUAUGCUUGCUAAACAGAUGCUGACUCGAGUGCAAACGAUCCACGAGAAAAAUCUGAUUUACAGAGAUAUUAAACCAGACAACUUUUUAAUCGGUAAACCUGGUACAGAGACAGAGAAUCAAAUAUUCAUUGUGGAUUUUGGUAUGGCGAAAUUGUAUCGAGAUCCCAAGACAAAACAACAUAUUCCUUAUCGUGAAAGAAAGAGUUUAUCUGGUACUGCUCGUUAUAUGAGUAUCAAUACCCAUUUAGGAAGAGAGCAAUCUCGUCGUGACGAUCUCGAAUCGCUGGGUCAUGUCUUUAUGUACUUCUUAAGAGGCUCCUUACCCUGGCAGGGAUUAAAGGCUGCUACCAAUAAGCAAAAGUAUGAAAAGAUUGGUGAAAAGAAACAAACCACUGCCAUCAAGGACCUCUGUGAAGGCUAUCCAGAGGAAUUCGGUAUAUACCUCCAAUAUGUGCGUAAAUUAGGAUUUGAGGAGACUCCUGAUUAUGACUUUUUGCGUGGAUUGUUUUCCAAGGCUAUUGAGAAAGUAGGAGAACAAGACGAUGAUAUUUACGACUGGAUGUUACUCAAUAGUGGAAAGGGAUGGCAGACAUUAUCCAAACGCAGUGGUCGUCAACAAGCCAAUAACAAUAAAAAGGCUGUCAAAGAUCAACCUAAAUUGGAUACUCAUCAUGCACAGGUGAAUUCAAGACAACAACCUGAACAGCAACAACAACAACAACAACAACAACAAUAUCAACCAAAAAAAUCAGGUUUUUGGUCCAAAUUAUCAUGUGGUUUAUGUCAUUAA